CCCACCAGCACAGUCCUGAACAGCCUAAUAAAACACACAUGACCUUCCCCGUCGCACCCGUUUCUAACCUCCCUCGAUUCCAUCCGGCCUCCUCCGGCGCCCCGCCGCCGGCCUCCACCCGAGACCCGCCGCCGCCCAGCGCUUCCUCCCCCGCCACGGCCGCGGCGUUUCCUCCCCAUCACCCCCACCAUCGUCGGGAUCCUCGCUCCCCUGCUCCACCACCGCUGUGGCGACCUGCCCAGAUCCCUGCCACCGGGCGACCUCCCAGACCUCCCCGCAGCCGCGCCAUGACCGGACCCCCGACCUCCCUACCUCCGCCGCGGUCGCACCUCGCCUCCAACCACCUGCUCCGCGCCGCACCCCGCCUCCUUCACCGCCGCCGGAGCGCCACCUCCCUAGGCGCCUCACUCCUCCAACCCCGACGCGCGCGACCCACCGAGCGGCGCACCUGCAUCUCGCUGCUCCACUCCCCGGCCGCCGGCAAGCCAUCCGCCCCGCUCCAUGAUGGUCGACAUCUCCUCGCACGCUGGCGCGCCAUCCUCUCCCCGGCCGAAACCCAGGACCCCCGUUUCUCCUCCCUCGGACCGACCUUCCAUCUGCUUGUGCCAGCGACCCCUCUGUCCUGUCGGACGACAGUAGGUGAUUGAUGUUCUCGUCUCCUUCCAGCGCCAAUCUUCCCUUUGCGACGUCGGCUACCACUCGUGGCAGAGCGGCUACUUCCCUUCCCACUGUGCCAGCAGCUAGCGCUCGUUCGCCCCCUAGCCUGUUCUUCCGUUGUUGUCUUCAGAAGUUCAGGUCACUGUUUGUUGUUAGUUCAAAACGUCCCGCGUGCACGUAUCCGGUGGUGCUUGACUGCAGUGAGCCAUCGACGCUGGCACAGCACCCGAUGGAAGCCGUGAGCUGUCGACGCUGGCACAGCACCCGAUGGAAGCCGAGUCAAUUGUAGCCAACGCGAGGAGGGAUUAGUAUAGCUGUUUGCGGAGUUCAUAUCCAUACAUGACGUGUUCUUGGUGGAAUCGGCCAACAUAUAUUUGCUACAAGUUAAUACUACAAGCACUUCACUUUACUGGUCCCUUCAACUUGUAGUUGUUGUUGUCAACUCUUACUCAUUCGCUUCUGCAAAAAGUGCUGAUCUUUUUCCUAUUGCAUGAGUAGCUCAGUGGUGGUGGCUUUGGAGAUGGAUGAGAACAAAGGUGUGUGUGUGGUAGAAAAAAGGGUCCACGAAACUUGUAUUUUCUUCAUAUAUACUCUCGUUAUUUUGGUCGAUGGACUAUGGAUGUUUACGACAUUGGACUGCUCUGAUUUUAUUGAACAUAUAAAAAAUGGAAGCACAGGAUAGGGCAAAUGCAUGUUCUGGUCGCUUGAGAAGGUAAGGACAUGAUUGCGAUGAAAACAUGUGGUGGUAAAAAUUCCACAGUUUUUUAGUUUAAAAGAAACAUUCUCAACUUUUGUAGUUGUAUAUUUUGCUUUGUUCAGCCUAUGCAAAAAAAGGAAGCAAGCUGAUGCAUCUUGUUACAAAACAGUUUUUCAUUAAAUAGGUUGCAAAAAAAAUUGUAAGCAUAUUUGUUUACCAUGCCGCACCAGGCCCAUCAUUUAUUUGUGCCCCCUUUUGAGGA